ACGGCAAUAGGCGAUUAUAUUGUCGGACCGUCGAGGAAUAAUAAUCGUGGCCAACAACACAAUCGUUUCGAUUGGCCCGCGUACCGCCGAUAGACGUCCGACGAAUACGAAACGCCGGCCAGAGAUCGAACUUUGACGUCGCAGAGUUACCGUCUCCCGCGACAUCGCUGCAAUCGAUGUGCCACGCCGAUUCCGUCUCUGCGAAUCGCUAUACACGUCGCAGUGCAGUUGAGCACACCGAAAAAACGCAGGUCGCCACUCGCACGCCGACCGUUCGAACGAUCCGUCGCAACGCGUGCGUGUGUAUCGUAUACACCUACUGUAAUAGUAUUACCGUUAUACCGUAACAUUAUAAUUUAAUAAAUAGGCGCCGAGACACAAAAUGGUCGCUGAAGACGAAAACAAUGACGAGAUCUUCGAAGAAACCGAAGUCGAAGAUCCUUACUGUCUGGAAUCAAGUCCACUUAAAUUAACAUUUGAGGAUAUAACGUCUGCCGCUUACAAGAUAAAAGAUGGUGUAAUCAAGACAGCGUGCACAAGAUCGCAUUUGUCCAAUGUCGUCAACAUGGAACUUUAUUUAAAAAAGGACUUUGUGCAGUACACCGGAAGUUUCAAGGAACGCGGUGCAUGCUACGCGCUGAUGAUGUUGUCCGACGAGCACAAGCGAAACGGCGUUAUAUCUGCGUCUUUGGGCAACCACGCACAGGCUCUAUGUUACCACGGUCAACGGCUCGGUGUACCGGUGACGGUAGUUAUGCCCACAGUUGCACCGAUAAUCAAAAUCGAAGCUUGCAGGAAUUUUGGAGCAACCGUAAUCAUUCAGGGCAUCAACAUGAAAGAGUCUAAGCACAUAGCGCUCAAGCUGUCCAAGGAGAAAGGGAUCAUAUACAUCAAUGGGUACGAUCACCCUCACAUAAUGGCCGGUCAAGGUACAGUGGGACUUGAAAUAUUAGAAGACGUCCCGGACGCAGAUGCGAUCGUCGUUCCUGUCGGUGGCGGUGGUCUGUUAGCUGGCGUGUCAUUAGCCGUCAAAACGCUGAAAAAAAACUGUAAAAUUAUUGGCGUCGAAUCCGACCGCGUUCCGAGUUUCACGAAAGCCAUGGAAAACGGCAGUCCGAUAACCGUCGACGGCAAGAGCACUCUGGCCGAUGGCUUGGCCGUGCCCAGAGUCGGGUGUAACGCGUUUGCCACCGCCGCGGGUUUGGUUGAUAAAAUGAUUGUGGUCACGGAGGAAUGGAUAUCGAUGGCAAUUCUGCGACUCGUCGAAUCAGAAAAGUGUGUUGUGGAAGGCGCCGGAGCCAUCGGACUAGCGGCCGCGUUAUCGGGUACUUUGGACGAGUUUAUAGGCAAAAAAGUUGUUCUGUUGCUGUGCGGUGGCAACAUCGAUACGUCCAUUUUGGGAAGGUGUUUGGACAGAGGACUGGCCAUCGAUGGUAGACUAGUCAAAUUUCACGCGACAUUGAGCGACAGGCCCGGCGGCAUCGCGGAACUGUGCAGAGUAUUGGCAACGAUUGGCGUUUGCGUGAAAGACAUUAUACACGAAAGGGCUUGGUUGUCGGACGACGUUUUCAGCGUUAGGGUCAAAGUCGUAUGCGAGACAAGAGACUUGAAACACGCUCAAAAGCUCCAGGAGGUGAUAUCGAAGAACUACAGCUCUUCCGUGUUCGGUAACAUACCAUUACCAAAAGUUCUUUGAACUAAAAUCUUAUGUAUUUUUUUUUUCCAUUAGUGUUUUCUUUUGAUUUUUCGUUAUAAUAUUACUCAUUACUUAUUACUGGCGUACUGUAUUGGCAUUAUAAUAUUUAUAAAUAAAUAAACGUUUUAUUUUUGUACUGCAAA